CUUCCUGCGGCGCCUGCGCGCGGCCAUAUUACGGCGGAACUAAUCCGGCGGCGCCUGCGCUCUGACGCAUUUGGUGCCGGGAGAAGGGGAAAGGGGCAGUGCGGAAUGCGUCACACCCGGAAGCGGAGGGCCGGAAGUGGGGUUGGACAGGUUAUCCCCCGGGGUGGGGAGCGGAGGCCCAGGAGGAGGGGGAAAGGAAGGCAGAGGAUCCCGGCUACCACUCUGAAUCCUAUACGCUUCUCUUAGACCUCAGAGACACAGGAAGAGGGAGGGAGGUCUCAUCCUCUUCCUCCCCUCCUCCCUCCCCUCAGCCUUAGCCAUGGCCGAGGCAGGGGCCGGGCUGAGUGAGACCGUCACUGAGACAACGGUUACCGUGACAACCGAGCCCGAGAACCGGAGCUUAACCAUCAAACUCCGGAAACGGAAGCCAGAGAAAAAGGUGGAAUGGACGAGUGACACUGUGGACAAUGAACACAUGGGGCGCCGCUCAUCGAAAUGCUGCUGUAUUUAUGAGAAACCUCGGGCCUUUGGUGAGAGCUCCACGGAGAGUGAUGAGGAGGAAGAGGAGGGCUGUGGUCAUACACACUGUGUACGGGGCCACCGCAAAGGACGGCUUCGUGCAACCCUUGGACCAACCCCUACCACCCCUCCCCAGCCUCCUGACCCCUCCCAGCCCCCUCCAGGGCCAAUGCAGCACUAAAUUCCUCCCUCCCCCACCAUCCCUGUGUCUGUCUGGCCCUGAAUGUAUCCAUGUGGCUACUUGGGGACUAAACCUAUGGUUUGAUCCCUUCACCCACCCCCUCCUUCCCUCUCCUCUGCCUGAUAGAGGGAAGAAGAAGAGGAGUGUGGACAGAGAUCCUGGAAUUCUGACUUGCUGCUAUUCUACAACCCAGGCUCCUGGGUUCCCCUAGUCCUCAUUUCUCCUGCCAGUGCCCACCCUUCUCUGUCUGGUAUCCAAGCAUCUUGGUCCCAGUCUCUUCCUUUUGUUCUCACUGCCAAACUGCCUGUCCUGGGAUCUAGUUAUCUUGGCCCCCUGAACUCUCAACUAAAGUAGCAAACACUUAAAUUGG